AACUUGGUCAACGUCUUGGCCCACUCUACGAUUUAGCAAAGACAUGCGAACAUACCAUGCGCUGCGAUCAGCCUUGGAUUAUCGUAUUGUAGCUCGUUGUUCUACGACAAAGGCUCGGGCAUCACUGCUGACGCUCCCUCACGGGCCCGUGAACACACCUGUUUUUAUGCCUGUCGGCACGCAAGGUACUUUGAAAGGGUUGACGCCUUCCCAAAUUAGGGAACUCGGCUGUCAGAUCAUGCUCAAUAAUACCUAUCACUUGGGUCUGAAACCCGGACAAGAGACUCUGGAUAAAGUGGGUGGCGCUCAUCGUUUUCAAUCCUGGAAUCGCAAUCUUCUUACAGAUAGCGGUGGAUUUCAGAUGGUGUCGUUGCUUAAACUAGCUAAAGUGACCGAGGAAGGGGUUCAAUUUGCUUCUCCGCAUGACGGUUCCCUUAUGAUGCUCACGCCAGAACACUCUAUAUCAUUGCAAAAUUCGAUUGGCGCAGAUAUCAUCAUGCAGUUGGAUGAUGUUAUUUCGUCGUUGGUGCGGGGUCCUCGCGUAGAAGAAGCCAUGAAACGGUCCAUCCGUUGGCUCGAUCGAUGUAUCGCGGCUCAUCAAUACCCUGAUCGCCAGAAUCUACUUCCGAUCAUUCAAGGCGGGUUAGACAGCGAUCUCCGUGCCUACUGUGUCAAAGAAAUGGUCAAGCGGGAUAUGCCCGGUUAUGCUAUUGGUGGUUUGAGUGGAGGUGAAGAAAAAGAAGCCUUUUGGAAAAUCGUCCAUUUGUGUACGGAUCUGCUUCCAAGCAAUAAACCCAUUUACUGUAUGGGGGUCGGUUAUGCUGUGGAUCUGGUGGUAUGUGUCGCUCUAGGUGUUGAUAUGUUUGAUUGUGUAUUCCCGACGCGAACAGCACGCUUUGGUAAUGCCUUGACAAUGGACGGUGUGGUACGCUUACGGGCUGGUAAAUAUGCCUCGGACUUUGGUCCUAUCGAGGAAGGAUGCGAUUGUCCUACAUGUCGGCAAUACACACGAUCAUACGUUCAUUUGACCGCUUCAGCCAAGGACACGGUAGGCUGUCAUUUGAUUUCUGUCCACAACACGGCUUUUCAACUUCGCCUUAUGAAGGAAAUGCGAUGUGCUAUUGCUGAGGAUACGUUUCCACAGUGGAUCCAUCAAUUUUUCUCAAGGUACUAUGGCACACCGGAUCGAUACCCAUUGUGGGCAGUUCAUGCCCUGAAUGCUGUCGGAGUGCAGCUCAUGCAUUGAGCUCCGAUCAUUUGUGACUUGUAAAUAAUUAUGUGGCUUCAUGAAUUUGAGGGCACCGACAGCGAAUAAAAAAAAAAAAAAGGAUCGAG